CCUCCUCCCCCCCCCGACUUCUCUACUCCCUCCGCCUUGCUCCCUCCGCCCUCCCAGGGCUCUGGCGGCCGCGGAGUGAACGGGACAGGCCCGGCCGCAGAGCGCCGGGCGGCGGGUGAGACGCGGGAGCCUGGCAGAGUUGUUCCGGCCCUGUCCGCGAAGACGUGAGGAGUUUUGAUCAGGUGGAUGUGGAAAGAGAAGUUUGUAGAAUUGAAAUGGAGGUCAGAGCUGCAUUGCAGAAGGUUAGUGGGUCGUCGGAUUCUGUGGCCACGCUGAACAGUGAAGAAUUUGUUUUGGUUCCUCAGCAUGCAGAUGAUACUUCUACAAAAGAGGAUGAGAAACCUGAACUGAAGAUAGUUUCGAAUGGUGAUGAACAAUUGGAAAAAGCCAUGGAAGAGAUUUUGAGAGAUUCUGAGAAAGGGCAAAGCACUCUUCUUGUUGAUUGUCAAAGUUCCACUGAGAUUUCAGAGCAUUCAUUUGGAGAUAUUUCAGCUAGCCAAACAAAUAAGCCAUCUCUCCAGUUAAUUUUGGAUCCAUCAAAUACAGAAAUUUCUACACCCAGACCAUCUUCUCCAAGUGGAUUACCUGAAGAAGAUAGUGUUUUAUUUAACAAACUGACCUACUUAGGAUGUAUGAGGGUUUCUUCCCCACGUAAUGAAGUGGAGGCUUUACGAGCAAUGGCAACUAUGAAAUCUUCCAGUCAGCACCCCUUUCCUGUUACUCUCUAUGUGCCAAAUGUUCCAGAAGGUUCUGUGAGAAUUAUAGACCAAUCCAACAAUGUGGAGUUAGCUUCUUUCCCGAUCUAUAAGGUGUUAUUCUGUGCACGUGGACAUGAUGGGACAACAGAGAGCAAUUGCUUUGCAUUUACAGAGAGUUCCCAUGGUUCAGAAGAAUUUCAGAUACAUGUUUUCUCCUGUGAAAUUAAAGAGGCUGUAAGCAGAAUUUUAUAUAGUUUCUGUACAGCAUUCAAACGUUCUUCCAGACAAGUGACUGAUGUUAAAGACUCGAUUAUUCCUACCCCUGACAGUGACGUGUUCACCUUCAGUGUCUCCUUGGAGGUAAAAGAAGAUGAUGGAAAAGGAAACUUUAGUCCUGUUCCUAAGGAUAGAGACAAAUUUUAUUUCAAAUUAAAACAAGGAAUAGAAAAGAAGGUUGUGAUUACAGUGCAGCAACUUUCUAACAAAGAAUUAGCUAUUGAAAGAUGUUUUGGAAUGUUAUUAAGCCCAGGUCGAAACGUGAAGAACAGUGACAUGCAUUUACUGGAUAUGGAAUCCAUGGGCAAGAGCUAUGAUGGGAGGGCUUACGUUAUUACUGGCAUGUGGAACCCCAAUGUACCAAUAUUUCUGGCACUUAAUGAAGAAACCCCAAAAGAUAAGCGAGUGUACAUGACGGUGGCAGUGGAUAUGGUCGUCACAGAGGUCGUGGAGCCUGUGCGCUUCCUUCUGGAGACAGUAGUACGUGUGUACCCUGCGAAUGAGCGGUUUUGGUAUUUCAGCAGGAAGACUUUCACGGAGACUUUCUUCAUGAGGUUGAAACAGUCUGAGGGAAAAGGGCACACCAGUGCUGGAGAUGCAAUAUAUGAGGUAGUAAGUCUACAACGACAGUCUGAGAAGGAGGAACCAGUCACUCCCACUAGUGGAGGGGGUCCAAUGUCACCGCAGGAGGAUGAAGCAGAAGACGAGAGUGAUAAUGAACUCUCAAGUGGAACAGGUGAUGUGUCUAAGGAUUGUCCUGAGAAGAUCUUGUAUUCUUGGGGAGAACUGCUAGGAAGAUGGCACAGUAACCUUGGUGCACGACCGAAGGGGCUGUCCACUCUGGUGAAGAGUGGUGUCCCCGAAGCCCUGAGGGCAGAAGUGUGGCAGUUAUUAGCAGGCUGCCAUGACAACCAGGCAAUGCUGGAUAGAUACCGACUUCUUAUCACAAAGGACUCAGCCCAGGAGGGUGUUAUCACCCGAGACAUUCAUCGUACAUUUCCUGCACAUGAUUACUUUAAAGAUACCGGAGGAGAUGGCCAGGAAUCACUCUACAAGAUCUGCAAGGCCUACUCUGUCUAUGAUGAAGACAUCGGGUACUGUCAAGGACAGUCUUUUCUGGCUGCUGUAUUGCUCCUGCAUAUGCCAGAAGAGCAAGCGUUCUGUGUUUUGGUGAAAAUCAUGUAUGACUAUGGCUUACGAGAUCUCUACAAAAACAACUUUGAAGAUCUUCAUUGCAAGUUCUAUCAGUUGGAGAGACUAAUACAGGAGCAGUUACCGGACCUGCAUCACCAUUUUUGUGUUCUGAACCUGGAAGUUCAUAUGUAUGCCUCCCAGUGGUUCCUCACUCUUUUUACAGCCAAGUUCCCACUCUGCAUGGUCUUCCACAUCAUCGACUUACUGCUCUGUGAGGGUUUGAAUAUAAUCUUUAAUGUAGCCUUGGCUCUCCUAAAGACCUCAAAGGAAGAUCUUCUGCAGGCUGAUUUUGAAGGUGCUUUAAAGUUUUUCAGAGUUCAGCUUCCAAAGAGAUACAGGGCGGAGGAAAAUGCCAGAAGAUUGAUGGAGCAGGCUUGCAACAUUAAGGUACCAACCAAGAAACUGAAGAAAUAUGAGAAAGAGUAUCAGACAAUGCGGGAGAGUCAGCUGCAGCAGGAAGACCCAAUGGAUAGAUACAAGAGGGAGAACCGGAGACUACAGGAGGCCAGCAUGAGGCUGGAACAGGAGAACGACGACCUUGCCCACGAGCUAGUCACCAGCAAGAUUGCUCUGCGAAAUGACUUGGAUCAGGCAGAAGACAAGGCAGAUGUGCUGAAUAAGGAGCUCCUCCUGACCAAACAGAGGCUGGUAGAGACUGAGGAAGAGAAGAGGAAGCAAGAGGAAGAGACGGCCCAGCUAAAAGAAGUCUUCCGGAAACAGCUGGAGAAGGCGGAGUAUGAGAUAAAGAAGACCACAGCUAUCAUUGCCGAGUAUAAGCAGAUCUGUUCCCAGUUAAGUACCAGACUGGAGACACAGCAGGCCGCCAGCAGGGAGGAGCUGGAAGUGGUUAAGGGUAAAAUGAUGGCCUGUAAACACUGCAGUGACAUUUUCAGCAAAGAGGGGGCCCUGAAGCCGGCGGCCGUCAGCAGGGAGGAGCAGGGGGUGGACCUGGAUGACGAGAAGGACAACCUGAAGAAGCAGCUGAGGGAGAUGGAGCUGGAGUUGGCGCAGACCAAGCUGCAGCUGGUGGAGGCCAAGUGCAAAAUCCAGGAACUGGAACAUCAGAGAGGAGCCCUUAUGAAUGAAAUCCAAGCUGCAAAAAACUCUUGGUUUAGCAAAACCCUGAACUCUAUCAAAACGGCCACGGGCACCCAGCCACUGCAGCCACCGCCAGCCACCCAGCCACCCAAGGAGAGCACAUAGUUCCAGCCUCCCCAAAGCACAAGAGCACAACGAUCAAAGGGACAGAAACCCAGGAGGAAUCUCCCAGUAUCCCUUUGCAGGAAAGUAGAGGAGGCCAGAAAGCAAGCCAGGAUCUCUCAGUAGCUCUCACUCGUUCUCGUUUGACACUUUGCAAAGGGAUGUUAUUUAAACUGACCUGAGUUAUGUUGAAUACCUGCUUUCGAGCUUCUCAUGGAAGGCCAAGUUCGGUUCCACCAUAGUAUUACCCAUUAUUUUAUAUGCCUGAUGUUUAGUUGGAAAUAAGUAAUUCAGAACUAAAUGCUUUUAAUUUAGAACUAACUAUUCAUAAUUACUUUUAUCUUACAUAAAAAUGGAGAUGUCUUUUAUUCCAAGGUUGAAGUGAUAGGAUAUUUGUCACAGCAAAAAAA